UGCCGCUGUGCCGCCCAGGCGCUUGCCUGGGCCGCGGCCGGGGACUACAUUUCCCGUGGGUCUGCGGGCGGCGCGUGCGCCCUGCCGGGGGAAACGGCGGUUCCUGCUUGCGCUGGCUGCGGCCUGCCUGGCACUGAGGGAGGGGGCGGCCCAGGCCCCGGACCGGCGGCGGAGCAGCGGGGCGGGACUAUGGACCCGGCGGAGGCCGUGCUGCAGGAGAAGGCCCUGAAGUUCAUGAAUCUCUCUGGAUACAACCUGGUUAAUCACAGUUCCAGAAGUGCAGAGACCAUGCCCCGAAUACACAUGCCCAAAGAUGGAUUCCAACUUACAUCUUCUGGAUACCAAGCAUGGCUAAAGCAGUGCUCUAUGCCCAGAUCUCUGUGGCUGGGCUGCUCCAGCCUGGCGGACAGCAUGCCCUCGCUGCGAUGCCUGUAUAACCCAGGGACUGGCGCACUCACAGCUUUCCAGAAUUCCUCAGAGCGAGAAGACUGUAAUAAUGACGAGCCCCCUAGGAAGAUCAUUCCAGAGAAGAAUUCACUUAGACAGACCUACAACAGCUGUGCCAGACUGUGCUUAAACCAAGAAACAGUAUGUCUAGCGAGCACUGCUAUGAAGACUGAAAAUUGUGUGGCCAAAACAAAACUUGCCAAUGGCACUUCCAGCAUGAUUGUGCCCAAACAAAGGAAGCUGUCUGCAAGCUAUGAGAAAGAGAAGGAGCUGUGCGUCAAGUAUUUUGAACAGUGGUCCGAGUCCGACCAAGUGGAGUUUGUGGAACAUCUCAUCUCCCAGAUGUGUCAUUACCAGCACGGACAUAUAAACUCGUACCUCAAACCUAUGUUACAGAGGGACUUCAUCACUGCACUGCCAGCUCGGGGUUUGGAUCACAUUGCCGAGAACAUACUGUCGUACCUGGAUGCCAAAUCACUAUGUGCUGCCGAGCUGGUGUGUAAGGAGUGGUACCGGGUGACAUCGGAUGGCAUGCUGUGGAAGAAACUUAUUGAGAGAAUGGUCAGGACAGACUCGCUGUGGAGAGGGUUGGCAGAGAGGAGAGGAUGGGGACAGUAUCUAUUUAAAAAUAAGCCAUCUGAUGGGACUGCCCCACCCAACUCCUUCUAUAGAGCACUUUAUCCAAAAAUUAUACAGGACAUAGAGACAAUAGAAUCAAACUGGCGGUGUGGAAGGCACAGUUUACAGAGAAUCCACUGCCGGAGUGAAACUAGCAAAGGGGUUUAUUGUUUACAGUAUGACGAUCAGAAGAUAGUAAGUGGCCUGCGAGACAACACUAUCAAGAUCUGGGAUAAGAAUACAUUGGAAUGCAAGCGAAUUCUGACUGGACACACGGGUUCCGUCUUGUGCCUACAGUAUGACGAGCGGGUGAUCAUUACUGGAUCUUCUGAUUCAACCGUCAGGGUGUGGGACGUAAAUACUGGCGAGAUGCUAAACACGCUGAUUCACCACUGCGAAGCAGUACUGCACCUGCGCUUUAACAACGGCAUGAUGGUGACUUGUUCCAAAGACCGUUCCAUUGCCGUAUGGGACAUGGCUUCCCCGACAGACAUUACCCUGCGAAGGGUCCUGGUAGGACACAGAGCUGCUGUCAACGUAGUGGACUUCGAUGACAAGUACAUUGUGUCAGCAUCAGGUGAUAGGACUAUAAAGGUCUGGAACACUAGUACCUGCGAGUUUGUGCGCACCUUAAAUGGCCACAAACGAGGCAUCGCGUGUCUGCAGUACAGAGAUCGGCUAGUAGUGAGUGGCUCUUCAGAUAACACUAUCAGGUUGUGGGAUAUAGAGUGCGGGGCAUGUUUACGAGUACUGGAAGGCCAUGAGGAGUUGGUGAGAUGCAUACGCUUCGAUAACAAGAGGAUAGUCAGCGGGGCAUAUGAUGGGAAAAUUAAAGUGUGGGAUCUUGUGGCUGCUCUGGACCCUCGCGCUCCAGCUGGGACCCUCUGUCUGCGAACCCUCGAGCAUUCUGGGAGAGUCUUUCGACUCCAGUUCGACGAAUUCCAGAUCAUCAGCAGCUCGCACGAUGACACAAUCCUCAUGUGGGACUUCCUGAAUGACCCAGCUGCCCAAGCAGAAUCGACCCGCUCCCCGUCCAGAACAUACACCUACAUCUCCAGAUAAAUAACACUACACUGUACCUCACGCGCGCACAGAACUCGUUUAAGCUGCAGUAUUUAAAUUAUCUGCCAAUGCCGGGACAAAAGAACGAUCCACGUAACCAAUCCUUGCGGAAGAGAGAGGCUCUCAGAUUCAUUUCUGGAACAAAGUUGGCAUGCGGUUGAUCUCCGACAGAGUCUGCUCAGCGCAGCUGACUGCUUAAGUGCUGCUAUAUCAGAAGAUGUCUUUGGUCUUUCAUGAACGAUUAACAUUUUUAAACCACCCCUCUUCCUUUUCCCCUCUGCCUAGCCACUCCCCUCCCCACUCCCCUGUUUUUUCCUCUUGCCCCAGUCACAGAUGUCCUAUAAAUAUAUUUAACGUGUUGCCAGAAUUCGUUGCUUUGGUGUUAAACAGAAGAAUCAUUGCCACCGUGCAUCCUGCUGAGAGUCACUUCCGGGUCGGGGGGAAGGGGCUGCUGCUUAGAAUAUUAAACAACAUCAUUGCCGGGCUUUUGUAAGACCAUGUAACUGCUGACUCUGAAAAGCAACAAACACCGUGCUGGAGAGGAGGUGAGAGCCUCUGCUGCCUUUGGGCGUUGCCUGGAAGCCGGGGCUUGUGGAGCUAUCAGGCAUCUGAAGCUGCUGACAGUCUGGAGCCAAAUCCACCUCUUGCUUGUCCCUUUGGAGGCUGGAUGUGUAUUGCAAUUUCCCUCCGCAGUCACUGGGCUGCCAGUCUGGGCAGGGCAGGUCAACAAAAGGUUAAACUGGCUUCUGCCAAAGUCCCAAGUCCAGUAUUGCCUGGGGGUGAGAAUCGGCUCCUGAAGGGUAUGGGGCAGUAUUUCACUAUCGGAGACAUUCUCUGUACCCAGGGCAGGGUUCUGUUUCUCCUGCUAUUGGCCCUGAAGACAGUAUGGAUUUGGUUAAUGGUUUAAGAUUUGUACUUCUGAUUAGAUAGAAACAUGAGGCUGGGGGGGGGAGAAGACUCUGGCACCCUCUUUCCUCCUCCCCCAGGAGAUGUCACAGCCAGAGGAUGGAAGAGGGAGCUGCAGAGGACCUUGUUAGCCCAGCUUUGGAGGGCUUUUGAGGCUGACCAUAUGCCUAAAUAAGAAUAUAAGAGCUGCUGUAGUGGGUCAGAUGAGUGCUCCAUCUAGCCCAAUCUCCUGUCUCCGACAGUGGCCAGCGUGGUGCACUGUGACCCAGAGGGGAUGGCUGGGUUGGGUCCUGUGGCUGAUGAUAGGGCAGAUACAGCCAGUUGGCUGGGGCAGACCACGCAUGGGAUUGGCUGCCUUGGCCAGCUGGCUGUACCUCUAGGCCAGCUCUGCCGUAUUUCUGGGGCUGGCACUGCCGGUCCCCUGUGCGAGCGAGGGAGAUGAGUCAUGUGACCUUCCUGAGCCCCAACCUUCUCUGCACCGCAAUUUAGGAACAGGACAAUAAUUAACCCCCGUACUGAUCAUCACCCUGAAUCGUCACACACUAGCCGAGACCUUUGAGAACCACCGUGGCUCAGAAUGGAGAGCACCCCGCUGACAGGCAGGGCGUGAGGAGCAACUCUCCAUGUCACAGCCAGUCAGCUAGACCGAAAGAGCCAGUGGGGGACCCCGCAGGCGCUGGCUUCCCCACUGCAGUGGGAACAGCCAUCCGAGAGGCCUUGCUUUUGGAAGAGGAAGGGUUAAAUAAAAUAAUCGCCAGGCAUUCCAACCUCAGUUUAAGGUCUGUCAAAAUUUCUGGUACAAACCUUAGGCCCCGUUCUCCCACUGCAGGUGGUGAAUGACACCCAUUGCCGUCCCUGGGAGUUAGUCCCAUCCUGCACUGGGAAACUGGAGCCCUUUAUCUCCUCAACUCUAAGGUUGGAAUUUGGCAGAUGGGAGAUUUGAGUGGUACGUUCUCACCAGCCUUGCUUUGCUGGGGGUCACGAUUACGUCACUAACUAGCUUUGCCGUCCUUUUUCCACCAGCGACGUUUUGCAAGUGACUAGGUGACUCCAGAGGAGCUAGCAGAUGGGAAGGCAGUGGAGACAUUGGAAGGUAGCUGGCAGAGGAGCGUGAGAAUCAGUGCGAAAAGAAACACCCGGCUCCCAUAUGUCUUCAGGAGGGCCUAGGACCCAGAGCGACUCUAAAGAGCCUCUCUUAGUCAGAGCUGGUCAUCGACACGCCUCCUACUUUUUAUUUGUUUAAAUUACUAUUGUAAAAAGAGCAAAAUAAACUAACUCCGUUCAGAGAACAUUUAUGGCCUAACUCCGACUGGCAGAGGCAAAGAAAUGCUGAGUCAAGACCGAAAGCGUAUCCUUAAUUCUAGGCUGCACUAUCGCAGAGGUCAUUGGCUGCUGGGUGAUCAGACAGAUCAGGCAUACUGGAUCCCCAAAGCAUGGGGGGGGACGGACGGGUGGAUCAUAUUUUUCACUCUGAAUUGCUCCUGCUGAAGUGGAGUUCCAAGUCUCAUCCUUAAUAUUGUUUGAACACGGCUCCUUUUGGUGCAGUUGUUACAAAACGGCAGUGUGGCUGGGAGAGAGUGGACAGUUAUAUGGAGCUGGCUGCAGACUCAACAGCUUUUCUUUCCCCCGUUCGUCUUUUUGCUUUUUGGCUACAGGCUGUGCUAGAUGAUCGUGACUCUUCGCCUUGGAUGCAACAGAGGUUCUCACGGUUUUAUCAGUGUCCUUGGGGGCGGUGCCUUCUAGUGUGGAGUUAGUUUUGCUAGCUGUGAGGACUUGGGGAGAUCCAGAAUGCUUCCUGGCCAAACAUGGAGACAACACUGUUGCAAAUCAUCAUUGGUUGUCCUAGCCCUGCUGUUCCAUGUUGCUAUUUUGAAACUUCUAAGCACUGCUGGGUUUUUAAGUGGCACCAGAGUUGUAAUUCUGCUGUAUAAAUCUGUUUGUAAGCUACAGUGCGUGAGCAACUGCUGCAAUAUUUUUAUUUUAUUUUUUUGGUGUGUGGUAGAGUGAUGUUGACUCUUUAGGAGGGACUAUGUCUGGGUAGUUAAAAUACAGAAUGACUCAAUGGAGAAUCCUACCCCAGCCCUCAAGUUGUACAAAGUCCUACCCCAGACACCAAGUUCCUUCUGAUGUCUAAGAAGGAAACUGAUCUAAGAAACUCAAAUCUGCCACAACUCUCAGCCUAGGAGGAAUAAUGUGGUUAUUAGACCUUCAUGUCAAGAGGAAGAUGGCUUUCUACCUUGUCCACUAAGGAUCUGUGUGUGAAGAUUUCAAUGUGAAUUGACUGUGUAAUCCCCAGCAGAGCUGGAGUAAAUGCAGCAUUUAAAAAGAAAAGAAAAAUGAAAUUAGUCUGGUGAAAGGAGCUAGAAGCAAGGGCUAGAGGUGUGCAUGGACUCAGGUGUUGCACAUCCCUUUGAAAUGAGAUACAUCUGCUGCAUCUAGACUGUCACUUCUCCCACGAUAGUCUUGCAUUUUGGACCUGGGGACUGGAAACUGGAGGUGGGACAUUAGAGCAAGACAAUCCAUUACAGCGCUGCCGACGCCUGUUCGCUACUCCAGGGCAGCUAGAGGUCAGGAGGGAGCCUUGCUGCAAACACGCAUGUUUCUGAUCCCAGGAGGAAAGCCGCUCACGUCAACAUAUGCAAACUGAAAACGGGCGUGAAGGAAUUUGCAGCCCAGAGAACCUUUGCAGCUCUCCCUCUGCUCCGAGGGUUUCAGGCGGCGAGAGUUGAGGUCUGUGAUCAUUGAAAUGCUGUAAACUGGUUUCUGAACUGGAAGAGGUUGUGGCCUGCCGUGCUUCCCCUUCCCAUCCACCUGUUCCUGCAUUGAAAGGAUCCUUUAUUCUGUACUUUCAUCCUUGUACGCUCCAAAGCUGGAGAGUAAGGUGCAUAUUUUUCCUCUUUCUCCUCCCCACACUGUCUGACCAGAACAUUGGGCCUGAUGCUGAGACUCUCGUCACCCUGAAGUCCGGUUGGGAGUUGUGGGUGUUCAGCACCUGUCGGGAUUGGGCCUUGCACUCAAGUGUCCGUUGAUUUCCUUCAGCUCCCUUCUAGGCCUGCUUUUGUGACCCGGGAUUCCUGACCUGGUCCAUGGAGCGUUUGGUCAAAUGAUGCUAGCUGCCCCUCCUCCUCAGCAGCGGCCAAUGGGGCAGAGGAGCCAGCCUGGCUGCGGCAGGGCUGCGGCGAGUCCUUGCCUGAAGGAUGGAAGGGGAGGCAGCCCAGGUGAUGGGAAAGAGGAGGGGAGAGUGGCCCCUCUGCACUGAACAGUCAUGGCCUUGGUCUAGAUUGUGCACUGGUCUACAGUGCGCAGUUGGUUUAGAAGGAAGGAGAUUCUCCUGUAUAGGAGAGGGUAAAAAUCCUUGUCAGAAACAACUGCGUCCUAGAAUUGCCGGAUUGGUUGACUCCCCGUUUUUUGUACCCAUUCGGGCUCGGGAGGACAGUCUGAAAUAGCCAUUGGGAAUACCAGCUGCCAAAGAGAACGUUACCAGGGGCCUCGUGCGGCACGCAGGAUGUAUUUAUCUUGCUGAGCUUUGCCUUGUUGUUACCCCCACCCCACCACAGGCAGCAAGAUUUCCAGAGAGGGUAACUUGAGGUGACCCCAGCGGCACCUCCAGAGGCAGGGCCUGCCUGUGAAAUCUCUCCUGUGACUGCCUGCUGGUUUUCGUCCGUGUGGUCUGCAGUCGUCCUACCCUCACUACGGAGUGCUGCUAAGGGAGACUACGGGUCCCUGCAUGCAAUGCUUCGUCUUGAGCCACCAGCCAUCGCUUGGGUUGAGAUGGAAGAUGGCCUGCUGGGACUUGUAAGCUCUGACGUCUACACUUCUGUGCUGAAGAUACUGCCAGCUGCAUUCUGAGGCUUUUUUCGCAUAAGGUUUGGCUUUUCGGCUGCUGCUGGCAGGUUCCCAACUCAGCCCUCAGUUGGUCAGAGGUUGGCCACCCUGUCAUAACGUGUGAUACCUAAUCUGGAUCAGGAAUCUACCUUUUAAAUCAUCCUCUAGGUGCCCUUCCAAACAGCCUGGUGGCCAGCUCUUCUGUCUGCCUGGUCCCAGCAGCACACUUCCUCGCAAAUAGAUUUCAGUCCCCAUUAGCUCUUGCCCAGUUACAGUUCUGUUAAACACAGAAAUCCACCCAAGCGAUGACAUUAUACCCACCUCGCCCCCGGUGUAGACGGCAUUAUGUCGGUGGGAGGGCUUCUCCUCUUGCCCUAGCUACUGCCUCUUGGGGGUGGAGUCACUAGGCUGGUGGGAGAAGCUCUCUGGCCUGCAUAGUAACAGCUUCACUAAGUGCUACUCAGCUGCACCGCUGCAGUGUAGACAAGCCGUGUGUGUGUGUGUGCGCGCGCGCACGUACGCGGUGACAGGUGUAAUUCUCAGCCUGGGAAGAUACACACGCACUACAGCCGUGCCUGAGCGGAGUCCCACCGGUCUGGUCCCGCGCUGCUGCAGCCGCGCUGCCACUUUUACGUGCCAACUCAAGCAGAGCUAGCGUAUCCGUCUACCCAAGCUGGGAAUUACAACUCCCAGCUGCUGCGUGGACGUAACCGUUGGGAUGCAUUGCUCACCACAGGACCUGGCUACUGGUUACUGUUUAGCAAUGGACCAUCCUGAGAUGUUUUCAAAUUCCUUUUCAAGUGACUCCUAUAAGGUUAUGGCCAGAAGAGUGACAUGGUCAAACUUGAUCCUCCUGACUCAACAUGACUGCUGCCUGCCUGACUUUGAAUCCUAGUUGCCGACUUCACUGGUAAAAUGUGUUGAUCCUGUUAGCACUGCAGAGCUGAUUAAAUUAUUAGUAAAGUUCUACUUGCUGAAUCAUUACUGCUGGAAGAGGGUGACCCACCUCUGGUUGUCAGGACCCAAGCUGAUGUCAGUGCUAGUGAGCUGGCUUGUAAAAAAGAUUUUUCCUGCUGUGAAACUGAUUUUGACGAUCAAUGUGGGACUCUGUACCUCUGAGUGUAACCCCACUUUCAGCUCCUUUCCUUGGUAUUCUGACAUGAGACGCUGGGCUGCUCGUUCCAUCCAUAGUUAUGAUGCAGAAGGCACUGGUAACCCACGAAAUAUAAUUGAUCCAGUAACUUGUAAUUACUUUUCCAGCAAAGCUUUUUAAUACCCCUGAGCACCCAAUCAUCCAGCUCAUACUGCAUCACCUUUAAACUGCUCAGGUGGGGGUGGGGGUGGAAGUGGAAGGGGUAGAAAGAACAUGGUCUCUUCAGAGUUUUCUGUUUGUUACUCUGCUAUAUUUGUUCUCUAGAUCCUUAAGUAACGAGUGCUUUGAAUUUUGUGAUUAUGUUACGGUGACAUGUAGUUAAUGUACUAAUGUUCACUUGAACUAGGAUUAUGGUAACCGUGUGGGUUUUUUUAUUAUUUUAACUGUUCAGAAAAUAAGUUAAAUACAAGUGUAAUAUUAA